GUCACAGGGCAGCGCACUGUUUACGGAAGUAAUGGAAGUCAGUCUAUGGCUGACGGUCAUAACACGGAAGAAAGUGAAUUUAAAAAAAGCACAACUAAUAGAGAUGGUACUUAGUAGAGCAUUAACUGUAACUUUUGUAGAGAAGUUACAGUUUGUUUGGAUGUAUAAUCGGACCCAGAAGUGGUGGGUUAGGAUGUGAUGCACUUUAAGUUGAGAAGUUUCAUAAUUAAAGGAGUUUCUAAAGCCAUUAUUUACACCAUGGUCAUUUCCCACACCUUCGGAAAGUUAAUUAUUGCUUUUAAGUAUAUUGGUGUGUUUGUUUCCUCCAGCUCUUAACGCACAUAAACAUUUAGACAGCUGAGAAAGUGUGUGUGAGCAAGGAGGCUCACAUCUAACCCAGUUCUGUCAGGAGGAAUGAACCAACAUCUGAGAAAUCCGUGGAAGCAAACCAAACCCAUUUAACCCAAAUCUUGCAGUGUAAAAGGGCAGGAGAAAUGCAGAGUGAGGAAUGUAUCGAGGGCAGACGUCUGACAGUAAACCUCGCACCCUGACACGCGAAAUCAGCUGAUGCAGACCUUUUACUCUUGUGUACACGGCAAUGAUGAGCAUGGAGGGCUUUGCACCUGACGCAGAGACAAACGGACACAAUUUUUCCACCAUGCCUGACAGCAAUGAUAGUGAGGAAGAAAGCAGUCAGGAGGAGCCACCGGUGCCCUGCUGGAGCGAGCUGUCCAUCAUAGAGCGUGUAGGCCUCAACAGUGUGGACAUGACAGAAAAGGACUUGGAGACGGCCUUCUCUCAGAUCUCCCUGGCCUUCCGCUGCGAUCAGUACACCCUGAAACAGAGGCUGCAGUCGGAGGAGCACGCACGCAACCUGGCCGAGGAGAACAUCCACCUGGAGCUCAGCCGAGGCAGGGAGACCCUGGAGACAUUGAAGGGUCUGUGUUUGGACAGUAAACGCAGCAGCAUCCUGCAGAGGCUGGAGCUUUCUCUGGACAUCCUCGGAGGGACAGUAGAGCGGAUCUCCAGCACAGCCGAGGUGCUCGGUGCCGUCCACCAGGAGGCUCGGGUGAGUCGGGCUGUGGAGCUCAUGGUGGCUCACGUGGAGAGUCUGAGGAGGCGUCAUGACAGAAAUUUAGCAGAGCUGGAAGAAGCCAAAAACAAUCUGCAGCAGCAGCAGUUGAACUCCAGCAGACACAGCAUUCAUCCCAGAACCAGCCCAGUUGAACCAGAAAAACAGGAGGACAGGAAGAGGAGAAACUCUAAUCAGAGCAUCUUACGAAGGAGAGUCAGCGCAUCAAUCAUUUCCAGCCCAAAUCUGGAGAAGAAGAGAGAUUCAAGGAAGAGAACCUCUUCCUGGAAGAAACACUCUCCUCCACACUUGUCUCCAUCCCUGAGCUUAGAUUCUUGUAGCUUUGUGUUUACCCAAGAGGACAGCCACCUAAUGAAUGAAAGACAACCAGACCCAGAUCCACCAGGGGAUUGUCUUCUGGACCUUUCUGCUCCCAGCCCAGAGAGCCAUCCGACAGAGGAAGUGAUUCCUUCAAAUACGCAGAACAGAAACCUCUCUCUGGAAUCUCUGCGACAAAGACAGAAAGCCAAAGCAGCUGCAUUAACCAAAGCGAAGGAAAGAAAAAGAACAAUCCAGAGACAAAUCUCCAUUGGCACGUAUGGGUCUCCAUGCAGGCAGCAUCCUCUGCUGGUCCGGCUGCACCGCUGCCGAUGGGCGUGGAUCUGCACCAACCUGUUUGUGCUUUUCUGCGUCAUAGUGCUGACUUGCAUCAUGUGGAAGAUUCACGAAGGAGAGGCUGAGCCAUGAUCCGUAAACACUUUGGGAUACUUCAUCCUCAUUCUCUUCAAGGAUUUAGCUUACAGAAUAAAAUCGUUUU